GUCCCAGCGGCGCGCUGGUGGCUUGGAGGAUGCCACGGAUAUGGUGGAAGGCAGUACUCAUGGCUUGGGCCCGUGCCGCUGACUGGGAAGCUGUGGGCCUGGAUGUCGAAUGCCGUGGCCCAGGGACAGUCGAUUCAGUGAGCUUCUACACGCUACACGAGCCAGUGCUCGCAGAGCAAGACUGCAAGGACCUUUGUGUGGCCGACCUUGACUGCGUUGGUAUCGAGUACUCCCUGCUCUUCCAGAGAUGUGAGGUUUGGACAUCUCCAAUAGAGGAUUUUAUGCCGUCAAUUGACCACAACUGCUACAAGUUAUUGCCAUCAACAUCUAGUACUGUGAGUUCCACGGCAUCCUCAACAACAUCAACGACAACAACAACGUCAACAAGGUCGACAACGUCAACAACGUCGAGAUCAAGUGCUACACUCACUGAGACCGUAUCAACGGCUACGUCGACUUACACAUCUUCCCAAUCUUUGACGACGUCAACGAGAUCCGUGACCUCAACGUCGGCUUCUCUCACGAGAACAUUCACCAGCACGAGAUCAUCAACUAGAACGUCAAGUGUGACAAGCACAGUGUCAACCACUUCAACUGGUUCCGCAACUUCCGCAACUGCUGCAACUUCUGAGACUUUUUCUACAACUACCUCGAGGGUUGGUUUACUGACAUCGACCUUGACAACAACAGUAAGUGCAAGCUCAACUACAAGCUCUACAAGCUCUACAAGCGUUGCUCCAGCUCCGUACACUUCAGAAUUGAGCCUUACUGGCAAUCUCGUGGCGACCACAGAAAGUGUGCUUAGCACUGAACAGAGCAUCGGAACAUCGACAUCAACGACAGUACCAAUGUCAACAGAAACAACAGAACCAGCAGACCUUUCGGAGGUUGACGAAAAGAGACACCAAGAUUCUGCGAGCUUGAUUGAACCUGGAAGACUUUGCCUGCACAACUCCGAAUGGAGCUGCUUUGAUGUGCAAGAAACCAAAAAGACACUGGCAGAGCGUGAACGCGAUCUCCUUCAGCACUUGAAGUCCACUGAGGUGGGGACGGCAAAUUUCAAGCUGGGUGACGAGAUGAUGGUUGCUGAGAUCCUUUCCACAGCGUUGGAGUGGACUGUUGGGAACGUAACCAUUUUCGUCCCAGAGUCCUUUCUUCCUGCUAUCGGUGGUUCAGGUGCCUUGAUUGCCACAUCGCUGGAUCCCUUUGACCACUACGCGAAGUAUCCUUUGGUCAGCCACAGCGUGACGCCAAACACAGCAGCUUUGCUCAGCCUCCGCGCCACAGGUGCAGAUUUCCAAAACAUCAAGGUGCAGAACCUUUCAGAGCCCAUCCGUUUCAGCCUACUCGUUGAUCCCAACAGAGAAGCCUUUUGUGCCUACUGGGAUGAAGAAGAAAACAGAUGGUCCCAGAAAGGCAUGGAGACAUUGUGGCGAGAUGAGACUGGAAGACUCAUGUGCGCGUCUUACCAUUUGACACUCUUUGGUGCAGUUCUUGGUGGUUUCAUCGAUGCGUUGCUGUGCUCCCAAGCGACACUUCUCUCCAGUGAGAGUGUGAGGACUGUCUUUGGAACAGCUUGGUACUGGGAGAAGGAUGCGAAACUGUUUUGGAUUGCCAUUCUUCUGCAGUCGCUUUUGAUGAUCCUGGCCUGUGCUUGCGAUCAUCGUCCCAGUCGAGGUGCUUGGCUGGACGAGAACUUUGUGACCACCAAUCCGCAUCGAGCCAAAGCAUCACAGUACGCUCGCACAAGAGCCAAGACAACGCUCACAGGCCGAGUGAACAUCGACAGGCAAAAUGCACGAUACCUGGCGGGUGGCAUUGGCAGCGGCUUCUGCUCCAGCUUGAAAGAGACCGCCAUGAACUUUUUGGACGUGAUCGGCUCAACUUGUGAAGCCUCCUUCAGCUACAUGCGAAACUUCGUGGUUUGCGCCUGGGAGACUUCCUGGGAGCUGCUGUGGCCUUCGGAAGGAAACAAUCGCAAGGCAACGAUUCGGCGUUUGAUGGCCAGAAUGGUUGCAUCGAGUCUUGAAUAUCAGGCAUGCGCCUCUAUGUGGCUUUCGCUGGAGGAUGUACGUUUUCUUCUGGAGGAGGACCAACUAGCAGCAACUGGAGCGAGCAGACCUUCCACGCCUUCUACACGUGCUUCAGCCAGCAAAGCUGAUACAAUCUCCGUGAAGUCCGUGGAGGGUGAGGAGUUGCGAGUCUCAGAGGUGAAGAUCAAGGUCUUGCAUCGAUUAGUGGAGGAACAGCUGACUCAGCAACAUGAAACGCUCAUGCAAUCUGCCGGUCGCGGGAGCUUUCUAGCGAAGACCGCCGCAAGACUUUUUCUUUCACAGGCUCCAUGGUUGACUGUUCUGCACCGGAGCAUCUUCAUCAGUUCAUCGUUGAGUACGGUGCUUUUGCUUUGCCGCAUUUCUGGGGCGUUGGCAGUCACGGCGCUGUUUUGGCAAAACUCAGCAGGCAGCAAAUUGUGUCGUAAAGAUAUGGACAUGUGGGAUACUCUGGGAAAGUGCGUUGCAGUGGCCCUUGCAACGCUACUCCUAGCGAGCAUUCCGGAAAUGUUGCUUUCGAAGUUGCACAUCCGCGAGUUUGUGAAAGUCGACGAGGAGGACAUGUCCAGAGUGAUACGGAGGUGGCGCUGCAGAGACAGAGUGCUGUGGGUUUCCAGUGUGAGCUACAUCACAUUUUGUCUCAUGUUUGUGACAUCGUUCUUGGCCAAUGUUAAUCCAAAGGAUGUCAGAGAUUGGGAGAUCAGUGCAACCAUAGAGAUCUGCACGGACUUGAUCCUGGUGCCAAGUUUCAUGACUUUUCUGUUCUUGGCGGUCACUGGCAUCUCAGCGCGCUGUUGGAAGGAUGUCGUAGAGGAAAGUGCUGAGCACAUAGGUUGCGGUGAUUCGAUGGAGCAGCAGUUCUCCAUUGUCCCAAGACCACCACAAAGACCACGAAGAUCACGCAGCCUCAGCCAGAUGAAGUCAACAGAGACUCUUCCGGCUCUUCUCCGCAAAAUGGAAUCAGAGGCAAAAAGCGGCAUCUUUAGCAAAGUUCCGAGCUGUGGUGCAUAGCAACCGAAGUCUGAAUCAUAUUUGGAUAUAGUGAUCGUUAUGUGAUCGUUGUACAUAGUUCAGGCCAUGUUUGGUGGACUGUUCAAGAUGCAACCGCCCCAUGUUACCCAUACUGGGUGCUCUUGCAGCGAUUUUCACCCAGAUGUCACAGAUGUCGGGCCUUUUUCCACGCUGCAUGACAGCUAGGCCCGGCCGCGCUCGGGCGCGCUCGAAACAUCGAGACAUGUCGCACCCAGCAGUGGUGGAUGUCGAGAGAUGUCGAGGAUCGAAGGCUGGUAGUUUGACCCCUUCGCCUUGGAGGUGUCAGGAGUAAAA